AUGCAUACCCUUACUCUCUCAUCUUUUAACUCUCUUACCUAUCUAAACCGGGUUCAACCCUCGCAAAACCGGGUUGGUCCACCUCGCUUAACCGUAAAAUGUGGAUACGGUUUAGAGUUUGGUGUCGGCUCAAGCCGAUGUGACUGGCAAAGCUCCUGCACCAUCUUAGCCAGUAAAGUAAUUUCGCAGCAAAAUGGCUCUCCUACCGACGGGAACCACCAUGUUAGUGCCGUCAACGGUGAGUUAAACGCCGUGACGGAUCUUCAACUUGUUCCUGUCGGAAACAAGCCGCUUCCGCCAAAGCCGCUUACCAUCACCGAUCUCUCUCCGGCUCCAAUACACGGUUCACAGCUACGCGUUGCGUACCAAGGUGUUCCCGGCGCGUACUCAGAAGCUGCCGCUGGUAAAGCUUAUCCAAACAGUGAAGCCAUACCGUGCGACCAGUUCGAGGUAGCGUUCCAAUCGGUUGAACUCUGGAUCGCCGAUCGCGCAGUUUUGCCGGUUGAAAACUCCCUCGGCGGUUCAAUUCAUAGAAAUUAUGACCUCCUCCUCCGUCACCGUCUCCACAUCGUCGGAGAAGUUCAACUUCCUGUUCAUCACUGUCUCCUCGCUCUCCCAGGGGUCCGGAAAGACUGCCUAACACGCGUGAUUUCGCAUCCACAGGCAUUAGCGCAGUGCGAAAACACGUUAACAAAACUAGGUCUCAACGUAGCGCGUGAGGCCGUUGAUGAUACCGCCGGAGCCGCGGAGUUUAUCGCUACAAACAACCUCCGUGACACGGCGGCUAUCGCAAGUGCACGCGCAGCGGAGCUUUACGGUUUAAGUAUUCUCGCUGAUGGAAUCCAAGAUGAUCCGAAUAACGUGACCCGAUUCGUUAUGUUGGCCCGAGAACCCAUAAUUCCGAGAACGGAUCGUCCUUUCAAAACCAGCAUAGUAUUCGCUCAUGAUAACGGAACUUCAGUGCUUUUUAAAGUGCUUUCCGCUUUUGCGUUUAGAAAUAUCAGCUUAACUAAGAUCGAAUCGAGGCCUCACCGUGGCCGUCCGAUUCGCGUCGAGGAUGAUGAAAGUGAAGGAACAGCUAAACACUUUGAAUAUAUUUUUUAUAUAGAUUUUGAUGCUUCUAUGGCUGAAGUUAGAGCACAGCAUGCACUUGCUGAGGUUCAAGAAUUUACCUCUUUCUUGAGAGUUUUGGGGAGUUAUCCUAUGGAUAUGACACCAUGGAGCCCUUCUUCUACUUCUCAUUAA